AUGCCCACCAAAGCAACUGUGCGGAAGUCCGAGACUCUGAGCUCGACUUCGUUGUUCUCAGAUUCGAUUUCUGCAGCCUGUGGUGCUUAUAAGAAGCAAGUUUGUGAUGAUAAACGUUUGCAAUUGAUAGAUGCGUUUUUGACGUUUUUGGUGGUUGUGGGAGUAGUCCAGUUUGGUUUCAUUUGUGUUGUACGUGACAGCUUUCCGUUAAAUGCUUUUCUGGCUGGUUUCAGCGCCUGUGUGGGCCAAUUCGUGCUCUUGAUGAGUCUGAGAAUGCAGUGGGUUGAUAGUUUCGCAGGAAUCAAGAGAGAAAGGGCAUUCAUGGAGUUUGUGGGAGCAAGUCUUGUCCUGCAUUUUGUAUGCUUGCAUUUCGUAAAUUAG